AUGGACGCAGCUGAGCCCGCCGCCCUCAGGGCAACCUCGUCCGUCGAGUAUGUCCCAGAUCCGGAGCAUCACCAGCAACAUCCAACACAGCAACAGCAACAGGAACAGCAACAACAUCAACCGGAUACCCAACCAAUCUCAGCAUCUAACCCAGUCACUACACCAACCAACGAUGAGCCCAAUCUUUUGCUCAAGAUUCGCACAAGUUCAACAACAAGAGUGGGCCUGGAAUUUGAACUCGAGGGCAAGUUGCUGGAUUCUGUGCGACCAAGACCUGAAGGAGGAGCACAGACAGGAUCAAAUCUUAAUCCAGACAAGGAUGUUCCUAACCCCCACUACCGCCACAAUCACCUCCUGCAGGAUACAACAAGGGUACCAGUAACGACGGAGCAUGUGGGUCUGACUAAAAUGGAGUUACGCAGCAGCAGAAGCAGCAACGCCCCCCUGAGGUCGGCUUUCAAAUCUACUGGAUCGAUAACAUCGCCCUCGACAGGCACAGAGGACUAUGUGUUUGUGUCUGUCCGGCCGAGGGUCACGAGCACGCCUACCCCUGACAGAAGGACCCUGACUAAUAGUAGUGAGAGCAGUGUAUACAAGCCCACUAUCUACUUUGCAGAGACACGCACGGAGCGUCAUAUGCAUGAAAUGUGCAGGAGCGAACUGGCCCUGAACCCAGGAGCCAUCACAACGGUCGUCCUGAAUCAAUCCCUUCCUGGAGGAAAGCAGGUCUGGACCCAUUCCCUCAUUGAUGACGCCUCUGUUUCUACUGCUGCUGAAGGUGAUGAUGAUAAUGAUCCACUGCAAAGCCACAAAGCAGUGUUUGCCUUUCUGACUCGAAACCGAACCACAGGAGGCUUCGAAAUUCUUGCAAUGGUCUCCACUUGGAUCGAACACGACAACAGCACAGCAGCGGCUACAUCGGCUGCAGCACCAGCGACAGCUGGAGUGCGAUUCCCGUCGACCCUAACCCAACCAUCUACAGCAACUUCAACGACGACAACGACUACACCAACAAUAACGUCCGCUUGGAAUGCACGUCAUUGGAGGAGAAGCUCAACGCCUGAGAAGAGCUCGAAUGUGAGCCGGUUACCGUCGUUCUGGAAUAAGUUUUCUGCGCCCCCUGCGAGCAAUAACUCCCUGCCCAGCCUUCCAGAAAGGUCUACGCGCUUGGAUGAUGAGCCACCGUUGCCAGCGUUGCCUGACGAGUCCAAUGAAGCUCCCGAUACUCUCACACCUACUGACACUGUCGACACCACUAUAACCAUUACUGCCAUUAUUCCCGGUCCUACCUCUAAUACCACAGUCGCCAGUGUACCAGUCAUUAUACCCCUGGCCAAUAAUACAGAGGACGGACCACUCUUCCGGGCAACAGUCGUCGAGUGUGAGAACCAUGUCAGGACGAUGAAGGCGACCUCGAAACGGAUCCUCAAAGCUGCACAGGCGGCCAUGGAGACACGGAGGGCUUGGGUGGCCGCCGAGGAGGUCUUCGUGAGGGAGCUUGAGGGCAUGAAGAUCGCCGAAUCCCUAGUCGAAAGCUACUGGCGACCGCUCUCACAACACCUCACAGAGCAUUCAGAGAUGCUUGCCCAGCGGAUGCGAGACCUCAUGAUCCAGCCCUUUUCGCAGUUUUAUGGAGUCGACAUCAAGGCCGCCGAGCUGCAGCGGAAAUCGUUCGAGGAGGAGAGCAAGGAGUACUACAGCUUCCUGUCGCGGUAUAUGGGUAUGAAGCAGGAUAACCCACAGAGGAAGGCUGAGGCAGAUCUGAAGCACGAACGGAAACGACGGCAUUUCGAAUUGAAGCGACUAGAGUACUGGAAUUUCUUGCUGGAGAUGAAGGCUGGUGGGCGCAAGGGAGAGGAGCUGUACUCGUGCUUGGCUGAAUUUUCGGAUAAGCAUCGUCAGCUGCUAGGAGAUCUGGGAAUUGUUGCGGAGGAGCUUCGUCCAGAUUUGGAGACUGUGUUGGAGAGCACCAGACAGCGGCAGGAACAAUUCCAGUUUCAAUCAUCUGCCAGGCCUGAGUCAUCCUUGUCUAACUCAGUAGUAAUCGCAGCUCUGCCGAUGAGCUUGAACCCACCUCCCAACAUCCGACAUGAUUCUGCGCGAUCGAUCGAUUCUGACCAGAGUUCUAUCGACUCUCCACAAAGUCGUCCGCCUCUACAGCAAUCACCCAUCCAGCCAUCAACAUCACCCCUCCUUGCCAGUGACGGCGCCCCCAUCGAAAGUCAAAAGGACGUAGCAAGCAGCAACCGCAAUAUUACAGGAAUUCGCGAUCUCGAGCAUCAGGAUAUUGACGCCGGUCUCGCACUAGGACGACGCAAGGAAGGAUUCCUGUUUGCCACCAACCGCCCAAGCCAACAUAGCAAUGCCGUGGUACUGGAGAAGCCCAACAACCUAAAUACCUGGCGCAAGUACUGGUGUGUACUCUCUGAAGGCCAGCUGCACGAGUACUCUCAUUGGAAACGCGGAAUCACCCAGCCCCACAACGAGCCCAUCAAUCUUCGUAUCGCCACUGUCCGGUCGUGUCGAAACCAAGAUCGGCGGUUCUGUUUUGAGGUCAUCACGCCAAAAUUUAGACGCGUGUACCAGGCAACCAGUAUCGAAGACAUGAACUCGUGGAUCAAUGUCAUAUCGAACGCGAUCCAAAGUCUAUUAAACGGUACCAGCAGCUGUCGAAACCUCAAUCUCCAGUAUACCCGAGAUGGAGAAGAGUUCAGUGGUGGCGGUGGCGGUGCUGGACGAAGGAUUGGAGGAGGUGAUUACAACAGGACGAUGCCGGCUCCGGACGGGAAGGGUCUGAUGGCAGGACUUGGAGGCAUGGCGCGAGCGAGUAUGGAGCAGUUCCUUCAGUCGACCUCGCUACCGAACUCGCUUCAGGACAGAGUUCAGCCCGGACAGGCCGUUGGCAGGAAGCGUGGUGGAAGUGCAGCGGAUGGACUGAACGAGAUGGGACAGAUUAUCCUCCCCUUGGCAGCCCAGGCGGCCAAUUCUUCAGCAACCGCGACGGCGACACCCGAUCGACGCAACAGUGUGGAUGAGAGCAGUUCUGGUGAGCAGCAUUUGGGCACUCGGCUGCUGCAGACUAUGCGGGACUCUGACAUGGCCAAUGCCUUUUGUGCAGAGUGCGGAGCCAAGAACCCGGACUGGUGUGUCAUCAACCUCGGUAUCAUUAUUUGCAUUGAGUGCUCGGGUAUUCAUAGGAGUUUGGGCACACACAUCUCCAAGGUCCGAUCGUUCACAUUGGACACCAACUCGUACACAAAGGACCUAGUCGAGUUCAUUCGUUCAGUCGGCAAUAGCAUCUCGAACCAGAUCUGGGAGGCGAAUCUCCUUGCUGAGACCAACCCGGGGUCGACAAAGAUCGCUUUUAGGAAGCCGGUUGUGAAUGAUGCACGCGAGUACAAGGUGUCGUUCAUACGCAAAAAGUAUGUUGAGCGAGCGUUUGUUGAGCGGUUCCCAGAGUCAACUUCAAGAGCGACAGCUGCGACGGAUGCGUUGUUUGAGGCGGUCUCUGCCAACAACAUUCCGGCUGCUAUUGCUGCGUACGCGGCAGGUGGGAACCUCAACACGGUGCAGAGGGCUGAUCACACGAGUGAUUCUGGACCUUUUGUCGAGGCUCAGGGACCACAGUACACGGCUGAGGAGGAUCCCAUGCCGACAACAACAUCUCCUCCGCUCCCGCCACGAACCAACAAUGAUAUGUAUGGAUUGGGAUUGAUCCCUAGCAUAGCAGAAUCGCCCCUGAUAAGCCACUUUAUGCUGAAAGGGUACGGAGAUGGACAAGGCGCAGAUGAAUCGACGGCGCUUUCAGAGACUUCGUCUCAGUUCUCGAGGUCGACUGUUGGCUCUUCGUAUCCAGUCUCGACAACCGAUCGUGAUCCUGAUAUCCCUCAGCCUUCUGCGUCUCAAGACCCAACUUCGACAUCUGCCUCGUCUGCUGGAGCAGCUGGCGCCACAACCUUGGAGAUCCGACCUCGACCGGUAGCGACAGGAGGACGAUGUAUCUCGUCGGUGAUGGUGAUGCAGACGUCGCCUCUCUUGAUCGCCCUCCGCAACGGUGUGCCAUUUAGCUUUGACCCCCACUACGAGGUCUAUCCCCUUGCCGAGUUCCUGAUGCAAAAUGGAGCCGCGAGCAAUAUGAGCAUGGAGGUCAAGGUUUUGAGCACUGGUGCUGUCGAAGGAGCUUUUACAGCUUCGUCAUCUACCUCUUCUGUUACCAAGGAUCUGCCUACGCCCCCAGAGUCUCAGCUCCCUGUCAGGCGUCAAGGUAUGAUAACCGCUACGGUCAAGGGCCCUCCCGUGGCUGUGCAGCAGGCCGCAGAGGAACUUGCAGCUUCAGCGGGUCAGAGUAUUAUUGAGCGAGAUGUGCCACUUCACCCCUCCAUCUCCAUUGGAGCUCGACUCUCUGCUGGAACUUCGAUUGUGCCUAAGCCGUUGUCGACAACACCUUCGUCGAUAACCACAGCUACCGUAGGUGGAGUCGUCGUCCCAGUCUCUACUGCAGCUGUUGGAUCUAAAUUGGUCCCAGCAAGUGGAGAAAUCAGCGCUGCAACAGAUGCUGAGAGAAAGGCCGCCAAUCGAAGGAGUGUCGGACAGAUCAUUGAGCUCCGUGGUGAAGAUGGCAUCACGGCGAUGGAGUACCUUCGAGCCAAGAGCGUCGCCCGCGGAGACAUUCCCUCACCAUCGCCUUCACCUGCUCUACCAGCACCCAGUCUGGAAAGCAACCUCGCAGGACCCACAGAUCCGUCCCGGGCGCCACCCCAGAGUCUGACGGAAAGAGGAAAUCUUCUUUCUUCCAUGACGGCAGGCCUGAUCAACACCCUUACCCUCUCACCCCGCCUCCGCCCAACAGCUUCUUCUAACUCCUCCGUCGUCAACUCAUCGGAUCAGACCCAUCCUCGGACCAUCGAGUCCUCACAAUACCCACCACUCAGCUCCAGCAGCAGUGCCAACAACCCCCACAACCACCAGGAUAUCUCGGCCCUGUUCCAGAAGCGUCGCGAUAGUGACAAUGGACUUGGAUCGGGAUUCUUUUCGACCAUGAAGGCAAACUCUAGCAGGGACAAGGAACGAGUAGCCGCUAAGGCUCAAGCACGGAAGUCCGGAGACUUUUCCCUCCUCUCUCCGAUCACCAUUGUUACCCCACGCGCUGGGUAUUCGCAAUCUAAUGGUAUCAACACAGCCAAAAACCGUUUGUCACUGAACUUGGACUACAUUGGUUCGUCGAGCAACUUGGAAGAGAUCAGUCCCACCCUCACGCCGUUGGCUCUUGGACAACAGCAGCAAUCCAGUCGGACACAGAAGGUUAAGGCCAGUCUGACAAAGAGCAUCCGGCUCUCGGCGGCGUACUUCAAGAACAACAGCAAGUCUCCGUCUGGACUCUUUACAAAGGACGACACGAAUCGAGAUCAUCCACCGCCUGUGGUUCGUAGGAUCCCACUCUUUGAGGGCGAUCAGAGUUUUAUUGCGCCGUAUGGUUCACAGCAGCCCAUGGUUCAUCAGACCACAUCUACCGGAUCGCUCACCGCCGCCGCUGUCGCGAUUGCCUCACACGAGCCUGGUGGUGGUGGUGGUGGUGGUGGAGGGAUGAGCGGGGGAGAGGAAGAAGAGGAGGAUAGUGAACCUGAGGAUGAAUUUACGGUCGAGGAGUUGUUGGCGCGUCAGGGCGCAAAGUCUUGGAAUAGUGGCGGUGGUGGAAGUGGUACACUGCCUCAGGCUCAGCCACGGGAACAGCAACAGACUCGGAAGGGUAGCCGUUUCUUGGCACCACGGAGUCGUCCGUCCUCUUCGUUUUUAUCGUCCAUUUCCUACUCUUCAACACCCAACCUUACACAACAAUCUCAGCGAGGACAAUAA